AUGAGAAAAGUCGGUAUCACCUUAGGAAUCGGUAUAGAUAUUAUCAAUUCUUUAAGAUUCAGCAAAUUACUAACAACAAAAUCAUCAACAUUUACAUCUAGAUUAUGUGAUCGUAUACUAAAUCCUAUUCAUGAAAUACCCAAAUUCAAAACUUUAACUUCAGAAAGACAAGUACAAUACAUUACGGGAUCAUGGGCUGCUAAAGAAGCAUUAUUUAAGACUUUGGGACCUGAAGAUCAAAAGCAAUUCAAUUUUAAUCAAUGGUAUCGAUAUCAUGAUUCUUAUGGAAAACCUUUUAUUUGGAGUGAUUCAUAUGACGGUAAAGAUGAAGAGUUUCAUUUAAGUAUAUCUCAUGAUGAAUCCCUCAUAGUGGCUACAGUAUUAAGACAAAAAACUUACAAAAUUUAG